AUGGAUGAGGCUCUCUUAUCAGAGCGGGCUGCUCGUCGGCACACGUUGGCUAGGAUUGAGAACCUGAUCAAGAAAACCCCGGAUCAGCAUGUCGAGCCCCACGACUUGAAGGCGGCCGGUAUCCGCCAUUCUCUUUUGUCCCUCAAAGGAGAUACUCAGCAUUGUCCACACUUCUUCAAACCAUACCAAGAAGAACUGCCUCUCCCGGAGAAGGAGAAGGAGGACAAAAUGCUGAGAUAUGAGCCCGAUCCGAAUCACAUCAUGUGGGAGACUCGCGAGAUGGAGAUUUUCCUUACCCACCACUUUCAGAAGUGCUGGAGAUAUGCAUCGAAGAAGUACCCCAAUAGCCCUCCAGCGUCUGGUGCAUAUCGAGAGAUUGGAGAUUACAGAUUUGGCCAACUACUGGAGUGUAUAGGGUUCAACUGGUUAUCCUGGAAAGUGAAGAACGCCGAUGAUCGACUGCUCCGCGGAGAAAUCAUGACUAUUACCGACAUCAUGGCUGCUCGUCUGAAGACCAAGUCGCUGCGUCAGCAUAUAGUUGCCCCGAUGCUGGUCUGGUCUCUUAUGGGUCCUCGCCAUGCUCGUGUCCUGGAGGCUGAUUUUGACGGAAAGUUCCUCAACAUCCGCGCCUCCAAGCUGUACGAUUUCACCCGGAAGAACACCGACACUGUGCAGUUGAUGACACGAUAUUGGCUUGGUGACGCGUGCGGCCAGACUUUGAUGGAAACCUAG